AUGGGUCGUCGAAUCGUCUCCGGCGGCUGUCACCCAGUGGAGCGGAAAAACGGCGACUUUGCGGCUCUCCGGUGGCUGUCACCCGAUGAAGAGGAGCUGGAUGGAGGUGGGGCGCGUGUCAGGGAGCUUCAUCCUCAGGUCUGCGCAGCAAGAGGAGGCUCUUCAUUGCAUCCGGUACGCUCUCAGGAGGUGGCGACUCGUCUCUCAGCGGAUCGUCCUCUUCCCGACGACGGCUUGUUUGUCGAUCAAUUGGAGAUGAUUUACUCGAUGGAUUCGUGAUCCUUUUAUCGCGAAUCGUUUAACAAUUUUAGUAGUAAUGCUCCGUGAAUCACGUUGACGAGAUUUUCGCCAGUGAUCCAGCGAUUCUCAUUGCUUAAUCCUUCACCGGCGAUUUGCAGGUAUGUCGCGAUAAUCAGAUAAAAGUAUAUGACUUUUGACUCUAGGAGGAUUCGAACCCGCGUCGGUUGCCCGCCCUUUCUAGGGAAGGUGAUGCAAGUUUAGUCCCACAUCAGUUGUGCACCGAUUUUUUGGGUGAAUAUAUACUAAUAUUACAUUUGUUAGCAAGUCCCUUCCCUCACGUGUAUGACCACUCCUUGCCCCACAGCCGGCUAGCCAUCGGUGACGUGGAAGGGGAGUGGUGCACACGUGCCCCUAUUGGUCCAAGCCACUCGAGCCCUUGCUCGUGGCUACUCCCUAACUGA